AUGCAUAGAACUUAUUCAUUAAGAGGACAAAAAGCUCCUACUGCCGCUCAAUUGCAAUCUCCCCCACCACCACCAUCAACCACCAAAAACAGAUUUUUCGGAGGUGGCGGACUUUCAUCAUCAAUUAGAAAGGCUGCUGCUGGUGCCACUGGCCCUGAAUUGUCUCGUAAAUUGGCUCAAUUCAUUAAGAUGGAAAAGAAUUUCAUGAGAUCUCUUGAAGUUACUUCCAGAGAAAGAAGAGAUGUUGCUAAACAAUUAAGUGCCUGGGGUGAAGGUAAUGAUGAUGAUGUUUCUGAUGUGACUGAUAAAUUAGGGGUUUUAAUUUAUGAAAUUGCUGAAUUGGAAGAUCAAUAUAUUGAUAAAUAUGAUCAAUAUAGAAUCACACUUAAAGGUGUUAGAGAUAUUGAAAGUAGUGUUCAACCUUCAAGAGAAAGAAAACAAAAGAUUACUGAUGAUAUUGCUCAUUUGAAAUAUAAAGACCCUCAAUCACCAAAGAUUCCAGUAUUGGAACAAGAAUUGGUUAGAGCUGAAGCAGAAUCUUUAGUUGCCGAAGCUCAAUUAUCAAACAUCACUAGAGAACGUUUGAAAGCAGCCUUUAAUUAUCAAUUUGAUGCUACUAGGGAAUUAGCUGAAAAAUAUGCAUUGAUUGCUGGAUAUGGUAAGGCAUUAUUGGAAUUAUUAGAUGAUUCCGCAGUGACCCCAGGUGAAACUAGACCGGCUUAUGAUGGUUAUGAAGCAUCCAAACAAAUCAUCAUCGACGCUGAAAAUGCCUUGGCAUCUUGGACUUUAGAUUCUGCUGCAGUUAAGCCAACUUUAUCGUUACAUCAGGAAUAUGAGGAUGAUGAAGAAGGGUUGGAACAUGGAGAAAUUGACGAGGAAGUAGAACAAGAAUUCGCUAAGCAUGAUGAAGAUGAGGAAGUUGCUGAUGGUGUAGAAACCGAUGAGCUUGUUGAAAAUCGUCUUUAG